CACAUCAGUCGGUGGUUCUAGGAAAGGGUAUCCCUAAGGUGGUGACUCAUCCAGGUCGUGUUUUUAUCCGAGUUCAACGUGUUUGGGAAAGUGUUGGGAAUCGAACAAGUGUGCGCAAUCUGUCAUACCCUGUUUUCUGGUUUGUUUGCACUUGUCGAAAAUUGAAAACGCGUCGGAUUUUAAGCAGCUGUUUUUCCUCAAAGCUGACCUUGUGAUAAGAAGAAUUAAUUCACUUUAUGACGAUCAUGAAGAUGGAAUUAAGCGACGGAAUGUCGAAUCAUUCGGAUUUUUCGAAUGAUAGUCAAAGCUCUCAGGUUUCUUCGGGGGAAUUUAAGAUAGAAAGCGGUUUAUUGUUGACACCUACAACGUUUAUAACUCUCGAAGGUUUGAAUUCAGGAGUGCCUACCAGAACCACCCCUACCCUAACCCCCACAACCUUACGAAACAUCGAACAGACCUUUAUAGAACUGCAAUCGAAACCGGAGCAGCACGAAAACGAAGCCAGAUUCGUUCCGCCAUUGGUUCACUCCAUCGGUAACAACCAAUAUAUUUCGGCAUCGGAUGCAAACGACAUCUAUUCGGCAUCGAACACGAAAUCGCCGUUGAACUGGCACAGUUCACUCUCCCAAUCAAGUUCGGACUCCAACACUCGCUCCACUCCCCCCUUAACUAAGUCGAACGCGGUCAACAACGUCCCGACGGGGACGACACGGAGGAACAUGGGAGGCAGAAAACCUAACAAGGACUUGUCCCUGAGCCCCGAAGAAGAAGAAAGGAGACGAAUACGACGGGAGAGGAACAAGGCGGCCGCCGCGAGAUGUCGGAAACGGAGGGUGGACCACACCAAUUCUCUUAUUAAAGAAGUGGAAGACUUGGAACAAAAACGGCAGAAAUUGCUGGACGAACAACAAAAUCUCAAGAUACUCAAAGAUCAACUGGAAUACGCACUCGAAAACCACAUGGGGGUGUGCCGCAAACAGACCCAGAGCCCGCCGGAAAUUAAACCUUUCGACCAUCUCUACAACAACAAAUUCGAAAAGGUGAAGACCGAAGUGAUCGAACCACACAACGACGUAUUCCUGCUGCCGUCGCCAACCAAGAAGAUUAUGUUGAGCUCGACGGUUCCCAUUUCGAAGCCCAACAGACCAAACUCCCUGAACGUCGCUUCGACGGUGGCGCCCACAUCGAAAAAUAUCAUGUCCGAAAUACUAGGGGUGCCCAUUUCGACACCGUCGACCGGAAUGGUGUUCAAUUUCGAAUCUCUCAUGGGAGGCGGUACCGGUUUGACUCCGGUAUCAGGACCCGUAGUGCCUUCUUGUAGCUCGCAACAAAGAAAUUUACCCGUCAGUAUUGCUGACAUCAGUUCGCCCGACACGUGCGGACCACCAAAACUAGUUAGCUUAUAAAAAAUAACCGUGGCACUUGGUGAGUUCCGAUAAGCCGCAGGACCAGUCCUGAGGUUUUGGCGACGCGCGCGAAGUGCCCUUUGUUUUUUCGCGAUGCCAAUCCGAUGGUCGUUGUUAAAGUGAAAUUUGAACGUUUUUUAUUGUAUACCAUUUUUUGAUGCAAUUUUUGAAGCGAUUCGCGCGUAAAGUCUGAACCGCUUAUAUAUCUACCAUGUUUAGUAGUAUGGAGACCAAAGCGGCGGGUGACCGCCGAUUGUGGAAUUUUUUUAAACUCCCCCAAAACAGUGGCGAGAAAUUGUUUGUUUGUUAGUUUCUUUUUGUGAGUUACCUGUUGUACCAACCAAAAAAAUCCACCACUAUACCCUUAAUCGUGUCAUGUAAUUUAAUAAUAGUAUUUAUUUUUAUAUAGUCAUAAUCCCACGAUUAUAGUAGCAUAGUUUUCUUUUGAAACCCGCGAAAUGAAAUUGCUAAACAUGGGUCGCCCCCGUAAAUCGAUCACGAUGCAGGAUGUGUGCUCAACAUGCUAUUUUUGCUAUUGCAGAUUUUUUUUGCUACCGAGAAAUGCCUUUUUGAUAAAAAAAAAGUUGUAUAUUUUUCAAUUGAGAAUUAAAGAGAAAUAUUCCCUCCAAGAAUUUUUUGUAUUCUAGUUAAUAGGAUUAACAAAUUAAUAGCGGACCGCGCGGGGGCAGCUGCCCCCCUGCGUUCGAAAUAGGGAUUAAUAAUUGAAAGCGAAUUUGUGUUAUUAUUUAUAAGUAUAUUAUAUAUUUAAUAUAUUUUAAGCAAAAUACUUUAUAUUUAAGUAUGGAAAAGAUUAAUGGCAAUAUUGUGAUUACAAUAUUUGUAAUCAGUCAGUUUUAUAAUAAUUAUUGUAGUUUUGUCAGAUUUUUGUAUUUAUUUUAUGCGAAGCUAAUAAUAAUAA